UCGAAAUCGCGAUGUUACAUUGACAUCGCAUGUCGUAGCAAAUAUCGCUCUAUCCCGGCAAUCCGGGAAUGCAAUGGGGCAGCUAGUUGGGGGGACAGGUAUAUAUAGUUCCUGUAACUGUAACUGUCCCUUUUAGACACCGACCUUCGACAUGGAGACAUUCAGAUGGGGAGUAUUUAUUGCCAUUCUUGCCUUAGUUGCUUCAAAAACGGCCGAGGAAUGGAAGUCAAGAAUACUAUAUCAGUUGCUGACAGAUCGAUUCUCACAAAGGGAGACAACCCUAACACAACCUGCAGUGAUCUGAGAAGUUACUGUGGCGGUUCCUUUAAAGGGAUAGAAGAGCAGCUGGACUACAUCCAAGGCCUUGGUGCAAAUGCCAUUUGGAUAUCUCCAAUCAUUGAAAAUACUGUCAACGGUUACCAUGGAUACUGGGCUAGUAAUAUAAACAAAGUUAACCCAGAGUUUGGAACUGAAGCGGAACUGAAGAGUUUGAUUACUGAAUGUCACAAGCGGGAUAUCUGGGUCAUGUUUGACGUGGUCGCCAACCAUAUGGGUCGACCCAGUGGCUGCAUUGACCGUUCGUGUCCAACGGAGGAGCUGACCAACUUCACUGAGUUUGCUCCCUUUGACCGACAGGAGCACUACCAUCAGCUGUGCUACAUCCAAGGCUCGUCUAACCAGUCCGAGAUUGAGCAGUGCCGACUGGGAAUCCUUCCUGACUUGAACCAAUCAGUGCCGUAUGUGAGACAGACCCUAUUAGACUGGGUUUCCAACUUGACGCGGGAGUACGACGUCGACGGUCUCCGUGUUGAUACACUGUGUGAGGUACCCAAGCCGUUCUGGCGCGAGUUCCAGCUUUCUGCCGGGGUGUUCUGUAUAGGGGAAGCUAACUACUACGACCGGCCCAGAUACCUUGCAGCGUAUCAGGGAGAAGCGCUGGAUGCUCUUCUCAACUUCCCCAUGUACUGGGCCCUGCGGAGGAGUUUCAACGACAAGGAGCCUAUGCCUCAACUGCUCGACAGCAUAAACCUACAGAACGAAAUCUUCAUUGAUACAACGGUGCUUGGAACAUUCGUUGACAACCACGACUUCCAACGUUUCCUUAAUAUGACCCCUGAUGUCACACUUCUGAGAAACGCUCUAGUCUUUGUCUUCUUCAGUCAGGGUAUCCCGAUUGUGUAUUAUGGCACUGAACAGCUGUUCCACGGGGGAGAAGAUCCUGACAACCGGGAGUCUCUUUGGCCUCACUUUGACAACACUACAGCGAUGUACCAGUUUAUCGGGAAGCUAGCUUAUGCCAGAAAGUCCUCCAAUGUUAACUUUGGCGCUCUCAACCAAAACGUGGUGUACGUCGACAACGACACACUGGUCAUGACAAGGGGUGACAACCAAAAGCUGCUAAUAGCUGUGACCAAUGUUGGAACAUCACAGGGCAGUGUGCAGAAAUCUGUUGGCAAUCUAACCGACAUUGCUAAUGGAUCAGAGUUCGUCAACAUCUGGGAUAGCGCAGACACAGCCAUUGUUAAUGACGGGGUAUUGACAAUCUCUUUGACAAAUGGAGAGCCGAAGAUUUUCAAGCUGGCUGAGGCAGCAGCUAACAAGUCGUCUGCAAUAUCCAUGUUUAUGCAUUAUUUGGCGGCCAUAUUGUCUCUUUGUGUUGCCGUCUUUUCAAAACAAUUUGCAUUGUGAUUUCAGAUGAAAUAAAGUAUGUAUUCUA